CCCUUCUCCCUUCUCGGUGAUGUUGGAUGACGGACUGUCUCUGCUGGCGCUAGUGGGCUGUAUUUAAAGGAGAAUGCAACGGAGGUAGAGGGCACCUUCCGGGUGAACGGCUCAAAUAAACGGAUGCGGGAUUUGCAGGCUGCGUUCGAGUCUCCGCCUAGGUAUGGCAAGAAUCUCGAUUGGAAAAGGGAGCACUACACAACGCACGACGUCGCGAGCGUGUUCCGGCGAUUCCUUACGCAGAUGCCUGAACCCGUGAUACCCCAUGAUAUGUACCAUUAUUUCCGGGAUGCUCUCGCGAAAAAGCCGUUUAACCAGGACGAGGUGAUCCAGACGUACAAGCGGCUGAUCCGCUCGAUGCCGCGGGCGAACCAGUACCUCCUCCUCUACGUGCUCGACCUGCUCUCCGUCUUCGCGCGCAAGUCGGACAAGAACCUCAUGAACGCCAAGAACCUGGCGGUGAUCUUCCGGCCAGCGCUGAUCGCGCACCCGAGCCACGAGCUGAGCCCGCAGGAGCACCAGCUGAGCCAGGAGGUGCUCGAGUUCCUGAUCGCGCACCAGGACUGGUUCAUGCUCGACAUCCCGCCGCCGCCGAGCCGGGCGGACAGCGCGCAGACGGUGCCGACGACGGGGGUGGAUGUGAUGCCGAGUUCAGGGAGCGAUGACGAGCAGCCAGGUGGGUGGAAGCUCGUGAAUAGUCCGAGACGGAUCACGAGACGGCGGACGACGACAGAACGAUCGUCGGAGAGGCAGGCGGAAGGGGGCGACCUGUCGCCCGUGCAAGAGACGCCGCCGUCGAGACGGAACUCGCGCAAUGAGGGCUCGGUGGUGAGCGUGACAAGGAGUCGGACGCUGCCGCCGGCGAAGACGCGGCAUAAUCGGGAGACGUCGGAUGACGAGCGGGGCGCGAAGCUGCACAAGAAGAAGCGGGCGUCGCUGCAGCCGGCGAAGAGGCCUGCCGCGGCAGCGGCGGGGUGACGCGCGGUCUGUUGUGUUUGGUGUGUUUUUGUCUCUGCGUCUCUGUGCCCUCCUCGGACCUUCUUUCGUAUGUUUGGGGUUCGUCUAUCGGUCGAUCGACUACGGGCUGCCAGCUGCCUAACCUAGAGGUGGGAGUAUAUAUGUAUUCGCGCG